GUGAUCGCAAAGCGUGCGCCACGAACUCGACGACCAUGCCCUUCUCGGACCGGCGCCACCCCGCGGGCAUCCAGCUCCAAGUUCGCCGCCAGCUGCGCGCGGUCGAGCACGCGGCCAGCGCCGACGACGACAAUGCCAUCGCGCUCGAGCUCCUUGAUACGAUGCACAAGCUGGCGCAGCACUCCGUGACGCUCGCCGACGUCGCCCGCUGCCAUGCGCGCGUGAACGAGCACGCGACAACGUCGUCGAGCGCCCACGCCGCCUUUGAGGCCGCGCUGCUCGAGCUCACGGGCGACGUCGCACUGAAGCAUCUGCAGGACGCGCUGCAGCACCUUCUUCGCGUCGGUGCAUUCGUGCCCGUCGCGCUGCGCUACUGGAAGCGGCAGAUGAAGCAGCCAUUGCACCUUGCGCUCCUCACUGCGCCCGACAAGCUGUGGCAGCCCACUGACAUUGUCCCGACCGAAGAGAAGAUCCGAGCGCUCGAAGAGUCGUACGAUCAGCACCUCACGAGCAUUGGUCUGCUCAAGCAGCUGCUGCUUGCGCUCCAGCACGCGGACGCGCGCCGGUACCAGAUUCUCGUGCACCAGUCGUACCGCGUGCUUCAACACGUCUACGCCACAUCCAGUCUGGUCAAGCCGCAGACCGAGGCGUCGCUCAUGGCGCCGCCGCCGGCCAAGCACGUCGUCACGCUCGAGAGCCUUCCGCGGGAUGUGGUCUCAACCGCCGUCUUGCUCGAGUACCUCGAAGAGCUGCCGACAACGCAAGCCAUGUACACGACGGCGCUCAACGAGACGCUUCGGCCGUGCCAGAUCCCGCACUUUCUGCGGCGCCGGUGGUGGCAGCUGUCGUUGGCCGGCCUCGGUGCGCUCGCCGGUGCCUCGUACCUCGUCAAGAACCGCCAAGCGCUUGGUCAGUGGAUGCAGACGGUGCAAAAUGCCGUCCGUGAGUUCGUCGUCGACCAUUUGGUGACGCCGCUGAGCGCGAUCGUUGGCGAAGUCAUUUUGAACAAGAAGGCGUGCAUUCAAGACCCGCGCGCGUUGGAAGACUCGCGCGAGAGCUUGCAGCGUAUGCUGGCGGACUUUAUUCGAGACACGGACCCGUCGUUGCCGCCGUCGCAGCAGCUCGCUUUGGCCCAAGCGAUGGACAUGUCGGUCGUCUCGCUCCAGUUCGAAAAGGAGCUUCCCCGUGCCCUCAAAAACAUCGUCACGGGCGAUAUCGUGCGCAUGAUGCUCAUCCAGGUGCAUUCAAUUUAUCAAAAAGAGCUCAUGGUGGCCAUGAAAGCCAUCGAUGAGCUCAUGGACGCGAACCAGCUCAACCUCCAAAUGAUGGCGACCGUGCCCAUGUUCCUCGUCGCCGGCGGCGUCUACGCGCUCGUCUCGCGCCUCUCGUCGACGUUUCUUCGCUUUACGAGCGCGCGCAUUUACGACGACCCGGCGACCGUCGCCACGACGAUGCGCUACACGCUGCGCGAUAUCGAGCGGCUGCUCAACAUGCAAAACACCACCGCGGCGCCAGGCCACGGCGCAUCCUUGGGCGUCCGGGACCUCGGACUCCUUGUCGUGCUGCUCAACGACCUCCGCAGUCUCUACGACCGCAACCGCGGAUACUUUGAUGAGGACGAGCAAAAGCGGUUCGAGGAAGACCUCUCGGACCUCGUCGGCGACCAGAUGCUCGUCGCGCAGCAGCUCGCGGUGAUCCAGCGCAUGCACCACAGCCACUCGUUUCUGAUGGUGCAGGACGUCCACGCCAAGUGGUUCCAGUAG